AGCGGGAAGCGGCGGGGCGGGGCGGCAAGUGCGGGGAUGCGGGCGGAGAGUGGGUAGCAGAGCCCCACGUUCAGGGCGCCCCGUGUGGCGAGCGCGCGGCAUGUCGCAAGGGCCCCCCGCGGGCAGCGUGCUGCAGAAAAGCGUGGCUGCGCCUGGGAACCAGCCGCAGAGCCCCAAGGACGAUGACAGGAAGGUUCGAAGGAGAGAGAAAAACCGGGUUGCAGCUCAGAGGAGCCGGAAGAAGCAGACCCAGAAGGCUGACAGACUCCAUGAGGAGCAUGAAAGCCUGGAGCAGGAGAACUCGGUGCUGCGCAGAGAGAUUGGGAAGCUGAAGGAGGAGCUGCGGCACCUGAGUGAGGCGCUGAAGGAGCACGAGAAGAUGUGCCCGCUGCUGCUGUGCCCAAUGAACUUUGUGCAGCUUCGGCCAGACCCCAUCGCCAGCUGUCUGCCACGAUGACACCCCAGCUCACUCCUCCUUUGUCCCGCUCAGAACCUUGGUUUGCACACUCAGGAGUCCCCCCACACACCUGUGGCCAGGGGUACAUGUGGCUGUGCCCCUCCAGGGAGCUCUGGGGCCAGCCUGUGCUCAACCUUGUACUCUGGGGCCCCUGACUUCCGGCCCCAGCCAGCGGAUCCGGAGGUCCCGGCGGGAAGGCCCUUUGGGUCCUCACUCCUCCCUCACUUUGGCAGCUAGCUGGUGCUGUCCUUUGGCAGGAUCUUGUGUUGAAUUUGGAAAAUAAAGAUAGUUACAAUGUU